UACAGGAAAUACAAAAUGCCGUGUUGUUAGGGAGCGAGACUGUCAGUGUCGAUGGAGAUUUUACAUCAUGCUCUAUCCUGAUGUUUAAAAUAUUUAGGUUGUGUUGAAAUGUUUUCUAAUAAUGUGUGUUUUUUGUUUGUUUAUUACUUGCACGGAGUUCCGAGACAAAUAGUCCCUUUUCUGUUUUAUUUAAGAACUCGGACAAAAUGAUACCAACAGUUGAAGUCAGUGUUUGUGAAUGAAAAGAGGAUUCCGCUUUCCAGUCUCAAACUAAAACCAGUGAAGAUGGACGUCAGUAUCUCCGUGUCGUUCUUUCAAGACGAGCUCGCCUCUACCAUCGAGCACGCAGUGAAAGCGGCUGUAGACACCGUCUUGUGCGAAAUUACUAAAGUUGUCGGCAGCAAAUUCAGUGAAUUCCAAAUGGAAAUGUCUGGAAAGGAGAAAGAGAAUGAAAUUCUGAAGCUGAGAUUGGAAAUAUCAGAGAGCGAGCUGAAAGCUGUGCGAGAAUGCAUGAACGCUGGAGGAGCAGAUAUUAAACAAACUCUAAUAUUUCAAGAUCCCACAGAGAGCCACGCUAUCCCUGAAUCUGAAGCACAGGAGGGACCACAGAUAGGAGCAGAUUACACACAAGAGGAGUCCUUUGACCAGGAGUGGUGUGCAAGUCUAAUGCAGGUUACAGAGCUGACAUGUAUUAAAGAUGAAGAGGUCCCUCAACAGGAAUGUGUUUCUAUUAAAGAGGAAUUCAUAGAACAGGAAUGUGUCCCCAUUGCAGAGGAAGUUCCUUAUGAAAAUAAUGUCUAUACACUUGAGGAGAACAACAAGCUGGGAUCCAACCUGUGUGAUGAUCGUCCAUCUGAAUGUGAACUGGGAUUUAGAGCUUCUAUAGUAGAUGAAGGAGAACACGACUCCACUCCAUCACCGCACUGCAAAAACUCUUCUAAUGGCAAACCACAGCACAAGAAACACAGAGAGACCACACUCCAAGAAGAAAAUGUGAAGAAAUUGAAAACUCAUUCAGUUAAAAUUCCUUCUUUUCAUGACAGACAACCACUUACUGUGGAGAGUACAGAGACGGCACAUUCUGUAUGGUUUAACAAUUCUGAAACCCAGGGCAACUUGAAGACCUUGCCUCAUUCUGUUACAGGUGUGAAGAGUUUCUGUCAAUUAGGCUCUCUAAAAACUCACAAGGGAAAUCACACAGGAGGGACUCCAUUGUCCUGUGCUGUUUGUGGGAAGAGUUUCAAACAUUUAUCACAUCUUAAAAGACACCAGCUAACUCACACAGGAGAGAAACCUUAUCACUGCACUGAGUGUGGGAAGAGAUUCAGUCAGUUAAAUGACCUUAAAAGACACCAGCGUGUUCACACAGGAGAGAAACCUUUUUGCUGCCCUGUGUGUGGGAAGAGUUUCACGCUGUUAGGAAAUCUUCAAUCACACAGGCGCAUUCACACAGAAGAGAAACCUUAUCACUGUAGUGUGUGUGGAAAGAGUUUCAGUUUUUUAGCAAAUUUUAAAAUCCACCAGCACAUUCACUAGGGGUGGGUUAGAGAACUCGAAAUAAUUAUAAUUACUUGAGCACUAAUUUAUUACUUGAGUACUUGAAAAAAAUGUAAAUAACAUCUCUUCAUGAAUGCAAGUUCAAUAUAAUCUAGUGACCCAGUCAGUUCAGGUUGGCAGACUUGUUUCAUCUGGUCCUGUGCAUUCACGUUAUCUGUAUUGUUCCAGGGUGGGACCAUACCUUUAGUUUCGUUAGUGUGUGUGUGUGUGUGUGAGUGAGCCGCUGUUGGCGGACUAUGUCAUCUCGACGCCCUUGCUCUGCCCCUCCCCCCCCAUGAGAGUAGUGGUCCGCUCUCUUCUUUGUGUGUGUGAGGGGAUUGAUGGAGCCGGAACCUGUGUGUGUGGAAUAGAGCGAGUGAGAAAGUGAGCGAGUUUUUAGGCUAGAGACAGGAGGAAGGAUUUAUUGUUUUUGUGGUGUGGUCCUGACACAAACACAGACCCUGUUUAAUGAAUAAAGUAGUUUUGUUAGCACCUGAA